UCUGGCCGCCAUUCGUGGCUCAACGCUGUUUUGCGCCUCUCAAACAGCAUGGCAAGGGUAGGCGACGGGCACGGACAAGGAAGCUGCCGUGGUCAUGGACAGAUUCAAGGUUUGCUCCUUCAGCGCCAGGUUUACCUCGGGGCACGAGAUUGUGCCAGUUUCAUUGAUAGAGAAGGGAGCUUUACAUCGCAACUAACCAGAUGAAAUUUGACAAAUAAGACAGCAUGGAGAGAAUUGAGGUGGACGGGGACUUCAUUGCCGCUGGGAAUUGGAAGCUACAUGGAGCACUAUGCAAUGAACUUUACACAGUAGUCCGUGAAGUUUUGGAUGCCAUUCCUCCCUUUGAGACUACAAGGUCAGGAUGCAGUCCUGGGCUCCUGGCAUUGAGCUCCUUGAGGAUAUCUGUUGAGAAAGCCAAGGAUUUACUACAGUAUUGCUCGGAGAGUAGCAAGCUUUACUUGGCUGUUACAGCAGAAUGCGUUCUAACAAAAUUUGAGAAUUCAAGGCAAGGACUUCUGGAAAGUCUUCACCAAGUGGAAGAAACGAUUCCGGAAGCAGUCGGUUCUAAGAUCACUAUGAUUGCACAAGAACUGGAAAAGGCUGAUUUUGCUUUGGAUCAGUCUGAAAAGCAACUUGGUGAUGAAGUGAAUCAACUAAUUCAGAAUGAACCAAAAUCCAAUGGGUUCCUUGAUGAGAAUGAACUUGAAUUUCUCCACCAAAUUGCUUUCCGUGUUGGUAUUACAUCAUCCGUGGCAGCUCUCACUGAAAGAAGAGCACUUAGGAAGCUUCUUGAGAGAGCCCAUGCAGAGGAGGACAUAAAAAAGGAAUCAAUUGCAGCCUACCUGCUCCACCUUAUCAGGAAAUACUCGAACAUAUUUAAGAGUGAAACAACUGAUACCACCAACUCCCUGUGCUCAAGCCCUUCCUUCUCCUCCAGAUCGAAUUCUGGCUUGAUUGGUCUGCAACAUUCACUGUCCAGCUCAACCGAUCUCCAUGGAAACUGUCAGAUUCUUGAGAAGCAACUCCCAAGGGUUGGCUCCUACAACUCGAAGCAGAUGAAGGGGUUAUCAGGGAGUAUGCCCUUGCCACCUGAGGAGCUGAGGUGUCCAAUCUCCCUGCAGCUCAUGUAUGAUCCUGUUGUCAUUGCAUCCGGUCAGACAUAUGAACGAGCCUGCAUCGAGAAGUGGUUCGACAGUGGCAACACAACCUGCCCGAAAACUCGCAAGCAGCUGUCCCAGCGCUUGAGGACACCCAAUUACUGCAUCAAGGGUCUGAUAGCAUCUUGGUGUGAACAGAACGGGGUUCCUGUUCCAUCUGGACCGCCAGAAUCUCCCAAGCUAGAACACCUGAGAAUUUCAUCCCUGGAAAGCAGCGCAUGUUCGGCGACCCAUGGCGCUAACGCUGUUUUGUUCGAAGACACAGCUGACAAGGAUAAUGCCAAGUCGGAGAGUGAAGUUUCCAUGGAGAUGUUGUCUCGUCAGAACUCCGGAGAGGCCACCUCCAAACUACGUGUACAUGAAGAAGUCUCACCGGAGAACUGCUCUCUACAGAGCUCCAAGGAGGUUGCACCUGAGAUAUGUGGGGUUGAAGACUCUGUGAAGAAGAGUGCUCAUCAGAACUCCAAAGAUGAUGUGCCUGUCAGUGACAGAUGUGAACAGUGGCUCCAUGUGCUGAACAAGAACGAUGCUGAGAGUAUGAGUGAGAGACAUAAGUUGGUUGAGCAGAUCAGGAUCCUGCUGAAGAACGACGACGAACUUCGGGACUAUGCAGGUGCUAAUGGCAUUGCCGAGCCACUAAUCCAUUUUCUGAAGAUGGCUAUCAGCAGAGGAGAUGUGCAGUCUCAGGAGGUUGCUACAAUGGCUAUGUUCAAUCUUGCCGUCAACAAUGACCGGAACAAGAGACUGCUGCUGUCAGCUGGAGUGAUCCCCCUGAUCGAGCAGAUGAUACAGAAACGGGAAACCUGCGAGGCUGCCAUCGCAAUGUACCUGAACAUCUCCUGCAUCCCGGAGGCGCAGGCGAUCAUCGGCUCGAGCAUCGCCAUCCCUAUCCUCGUCAAUGGCCUGGGCGAAGAUGGGCCCCGGAGCGACACGUGCCGCCUGGACGCGCUGCUCACCCUGUACAACCUCUCGCUGCACGCGCCCAACAUCCCGUCCCUCAUGGCGUCCGGCAUCAUGGAGGGCCUCCGCGCCGUGCUGACGCCGUCGUCCCCGUGGACGGACAAGGCCCUGGCGGUGCUGCUGAAACUGGCGCUGACCCGGAGGGGCAAGGAGGAGAUCGCGGCCAGCGCGGCCAUGGUGGGCGCCAUCGUGCUCAUCGUGGACAACGGCGAGCCGGGGGAGAAGGAGAAGGCCGUGUCGUGCCUGUACGUGCUCUGCAGCGGCGACGAGGGCAGCAGCCAGACGGUGCUCCAGGAGGGCGUGAUCCCGGCGCUGGUGUCCGUGACGGCCAGCGGCACGGCCAGGGCCCGGGACAAGGCGCAGCGGCUGCUGAGGCUGUUUCGGGAGCAGCGGCAGCGGGAGAUGGAGCUGGAGGAGACGCAGCCGCGGGUGGAGCUGCACGAGGUGGCGAGCCAGGCGGCCGCGCAGCAACAGCAGGAGGAGAUGGAGGAGGAGGAAGAAGAAGAAGAAGAGGAAGAGAUGGUGCUGGGCGUGACGACGCCGCCGGCCGCCGCGGCCAGUAAGCCGAGCGGCGGCGGCGGCGGCGGCGGCAAGAAGCCGCGGCUGCGCAGGUCAGGGUCCAGGAGGUUCACCAAGGCCUUCACGUGCCUGCUCAAGAAGUGGAGCCUGCGAUGAGCUGGGAAGGAUCGGCCAGUCCGGCGGUGUAAUGUAACUGAGCUGUGCUCAAACUGUACCGCCGUGAUGAUCCGUCUUUGACAAGCGCGUUGCGUUCGCCAUGCCUGAGCCCAUGAUUAAUGGUUUCUUGAAAUGAGAUUGAUGAGCAAACGCAAGCAAAAAGUA